AGUGACUAGAGGACUACCUGUAGGAUUUCGGCUGUUUAGGAGAAAAGAGCUAUAUAAACAGUGCACUUUACGCGGUGUCUUCGAUGUUCGUCUUUUGAUUUAAUAUGUCUAGCUGCCUAUACGUUUACAAAAAGACAAAAGCCGUUAUAAAAACUGGACCUUGCUAAUAUUCGACCAAUGCUGCGCACGUUGGAACCGGUUGCUUCUCAAUCCUAAUCGCACUGUGCGAUUCGCCAUUUUAUCGGACAGAAACCUGAAGGAUUCACAGAGACCAGCCACUUCCAUGGAGUGAGCGUGACUCGAUGCGUUUUCUCCUCAUCAAAACGCAAGAUGCCGGUGCGCGCAGUGCCCACCAGGUUCAUGUACAGGGGACCGUGCUCGGUGCCAGACAUCCUCUCUUACGGGACUCCUGUCAGCCUCCCCGAUGAUGAAGUGGAGGAGAUCCGAGAGGCAUUUAAAGUGUUUGACCGUGAUGGAAAUGGAUUCAUCUCAAAGCAGGAGCUGGGCAUGGCCAUGAGAUCUCUGGGCUAUAUGCCUAAUGAGGUGGAGCUGGAGGUCAUCAUCAAGAGACUGGACAUGGAUGGCAAUGGCCAGGUUGGUUUUGAAGAGUUUGUAACUCUGCUUGGCCCUAAACUGACUGCACCUGGCAUGCCUGACAAGUUUCAUGCUACAGACUUUGACUCCAUGUUCUGGAAGUGUGAUAUGCAGAAGCUGACAGUGGAUGAGCUAAAGAGACUGCUAUACGAGACAUUCUGUGACCAUUUGACCAUGAAAGACAUUGAGAACAUCAUCAUGACCGAGGAGAUCCAUAUGAACAGCCCUGAGUGUCAAGUUAACAUUGACACAAGCCCCAUGCAACAAGUCAAGCACACAUGUGUAAGAAAGAGCUUGAUUUGUGCCUUUGCCAUUGCAUUCAUCAUCAGCGUCAUGCUUAUUGCCGCCAAUCAGAUGCUCCGAAGAGGGAUGAAGUGAGUCAACCACCCCAUCUUUGUGCCCAUCUUCUCCCCUUUUACUCAUUAAAUUUAAAAUAUCCAUUUUUAUGUUUCCCUAUGUUAGUAUUUGUAGCUAACAUACUGACACUGGUGUAUAAAGUAGAGAUCCAAGGAUAACUGUAAGCUUUAUAUAACCUUUAGGCCUUUAUUUUGUGUCAUUUAUUUGUGAAUAUUAAUAAUGUUUUACUACAUU